AUGUAUGUUGUUUCUCCUGAAUGUCAGUUCCUCUAUGAGGUUAUGAGAAAUACCCUUUCCAAGGCAAGAGUGGUUGAAUCCAUGUCCACUGCGCACGUAUCCUCCCUUGUGAAGAAGCCAUUCAUUGGCUCCAAGCCACUGGCGCAUUCUUUAGUGGCCUUAAAUGCAGCCAAGGCGGCCAGACUAGCACUUGCUAUAAAGUCACCUGAAUCCGAAGCACACCCAAUGACAACCAAGAGUACUGCGAUUGAGAACGAUAUUCUCAAGCAUCGGCAUCUUGUUGAGCUGCACAAGGUGAAGAAUCCAAUGAAGACUGUCUCUGUUUCUUCGUAUAACAUUCUUUCUAGACAUUAUCUGUGGGAGACCUUGUACAACUAUCUCCCACACGAGUACACCAAUUGGAACAAGCGCUUGGAGAGGUUGGACCGCAGCUUCAGGGAUUUGAGUAAGUUGUCCGACAUUAUGUGUUUCCAGGAGAUGGAAUACAAGUACUACACUGACUAUUGGAAAUCUUAUAUGAAAUCCAUGAAUUUCGAUUCUGUUUUCGAGAAAAAACCUACUCCCGGUUAUUGGAAGAAGUCCCCCAAUAUGAUGGAUGGCGUCUCAAUCUUUUGGAACACAGACAAGUUUGACUUGUUGAAUUUCGAAAAAAUCAACUUUUCGGACUAUUUUAAAAACUCCGUCAAUUUUGAACAAACUUUAGAUACCAAACAACGGUUAAAUAUUAGAAACACGGUUGCAGUAAUUGCAAUUUUGAGGCACAAGUACACAAACGAAACCAUUUUCGUAUCAAACACCCACCUUUAUUGGUCCCCCAAACAUGAUGACGUGAAACUGAUGCAAACAUACCUACUUACCCAAUUACUGAGACAUUCCAUCGCAAGGCAUUAUAGAUUGUCUGUCUCCCAAGUGAGUGAAAUGAUCAAACAAAAAAAUGGACCUACCAUCAUUAUGGCGGGGGAUUUCAACUCUAAUCCAAGCUCUAUGGUUUACAAAUUUAUGGCAGAUGGACUGAUUGAUAGACAAAAUGUCCCUCCAACUUUCGAUCAAUACUAUGGAGAAAAAUUUCAAGAUCAAAUACAAAACUGUCUAGGUAGCUUCAAGUCCCCAUAUAAAGACCUAUACAAUAAAGGCCUGUUCAAGAAAACUACCUACACCCCAAAGUUUAAAGAUGUCAUUGAUUAUAUAUGGUUUGGUGAUUGCAACGAAAAGUUCUCCUUUACAAAAGUCUUGGGUGACAUUGACCAAGAGUAUUUGAAAGACUACCAGGGCUUCCCUAACAAAGAGUUCCCAAGUGAUCAUAUACCUAUCCUAUCACAGUUUGAAUUCAAAUGA